AUGUUUCACGACAGAAUCCUAGACGCUUUCAGCCUCUCCAUUCAAUACCACCACCAUCAGAUUGCCACCAAUAUCCUGUAUGAGUUGAAUCUGAUCAACCGGCUUGGCCCCUAUGGAUUCCGGCGCACCGGUCUUCUCGCCGCAGCCAUCGCAAAAGACCGCGUCAAUCUCGUCAUUGCCAGAGAGAUUCUGAACAGAAACAUGCCUGUGAAUAUGCUCGGAACCCCCCUUGAGUGGGCAUGCAAGAGAGGGAGCGUGAAACUUGUCAAGAUGAUCCUGGCGAACCUAAUGGAGUCCAAGCCCGACGCUCUCGCAGAGUACCAAGAUUUCGUAGUUCGGCGCGGCACAGAGAAAAGCCACUCACCGUCUUCCCAUGCCGACAACGACCACGCAUUCUUUCUCAACAAGCCCAUGAAGAUUUGCAUAAACGCCGCGAACUAG